AUGGGCGAUAAUUAUGAGGAAAAGCCUGACGCCAUUGGCAAAGAGUUCAGCGAUGAACUCACGCCCGAGGAGCGUGAGCACGAGAUCGAGGCACGCGAUCUGCAAAGCAAUCAGUAUCUCGACAACGAACCAUUGUAUGACCGGAUAGCGUUCGCGCAGAUACCAGUGCACAUGAGGAGCCCUCGCAUGCUAGUCAUCACACUGGGCGUGUUCGCGGCGUUCAGCGGCAUGCUGAGUGGGUUAGACCAGUCGGUGAUCUCGGGCGCCCUGCCUGGUAUCCGCAAGCAUUUCAUCGCGUCAGGCGAGUGGGCGAGCAUGGACGACCCGAAACUGGCGACCGACAUUUCACUGAUUUCGUCACUGAUGCCGCUGGGCGCCAUGGCCGGCGCGCUCAUCAUGACGCCGCUGAACUUCUACUUUGGACGCCGCAACUCGAUUAUCAUCUCGUGUUUGUGGUACACACUGGGCAGUGGACUUUGUGCGGGCUCCCGUAGUGUGGGGAUGCUGUUUGCGGGCCGCUUCAUUCUGGGCAUCGGUAUCGGAAUCGAAGGCGGCUGUGUCGGUAUCUACAUCUCCGAGUGUGUGCCGCCAGAGGUGCGUGGCAACCUGGUGUCGGUAUACCAGCUGAUGAUCGCAUUCGGAGAGAUCAUCGGAUACGCCGCCGGCGGCGUAUUCUUUGACGUCCCGUCAGGCAGCUGGCGCUGGAUGCUGGGCUCGUCUCUCUUGUUUUCGACGAUCCUCCUGGUUGGGAUGGCCUUCCUGCCAGAAUCACCGCGCUGGCUGGCAUCCAAGGGCAAGUACGGGCGCGCGUGGCGGGUGUGGAAGUCGCUGCGCGACAUGGCCGACCCCAAAAGCCUGGACGAGUACCUUGCGAUGGAAGUUACAGUCAAACAUGAUGUCGACCAGUCCGCGAACGUGAAAUGGCAUCAGAGGUAUCUGGAGGUGUGCAGGACGCCGCGCAACCGACGGGCGCUUGUAUAUGCCACGGCUAUGAUAUUUUUCGGGCAGAUGACGGGCAUCAAUGCGGUCAUGUACAAUAUGUCAAACUUGAUGGCCAAGAUGAACUUUGAUGACCGCGAGUCAGUGCUGAUGUCGAUGGUGGGCGGUGGCGCGUUGUUCCUGGGAACAAUUCCUGCUGUGUUCACGAUGGACAAGUUUGGGCGCCGGGUGUGGGCGCAAAACAUCCUGAUGUUCAUCGUGGGUCUGGCGCUGGUGGGCGUCGGCUACCUAUACACGAACAAUGGUGUUGAUUAUUUCAAUGAGCAUAAGGCAACGGCCUUGGGGUUGUUUUUCUCCGGUCUGGUGCUGUACAUGGCGUUCUUCGGGGCAUAUUCGUGCCUGACCUGGGUAGUGCCAGCGGAGAGCUUUAGUUUCAACACCCGCAGCCAGGGCAUGGCGAUCUGCUCUGUAUUCCUUUAUCUGUGGUCAUUCAUUGUGACAUACAACUUCGAAGGGAUGCAGAAAGCGAUGACCUACACCGGCCUGACAAUCGGUUUCUUCGGCGGCUUGGCCGCGCUAGGCUUCUUUUACCAGCUGUUCUUUAUGCCCGAGACCAAAGACAAAACAUUGGAGGAGAUCGACGAGUUGUUUCUAAUGCCGACAAGUAAGCUGGUUGCGCUGAACACAAGCAAUCUGCUUAAGCCCCUCCGGCGGCGACACCGGCCAGAGCCGGUCGAUAACUACAACGCCUAA